ACGAAAGCGCAACACUUGCUCAUCGGGGAGCUCGCACCGCACGCGAAAGUGACAUUGUUUUUCAUCGUUUCGCUAAUAACAGUGCGUCCAUUACAGGGUAUAAUAAAGUGCCCAAAGGAAUCCCCUGCACGAGUGGGUCAGGAAUUUGACGUGCUUUCGGAUAUUGGGCAGUUUUCCAUUUCACUCAGAUAAUUUUCCUCGCAUGAUUUAGCCGUGCGACGCGUUAUUCUGGUAUUCGAUUUCGGUAGCCAAGUGCGUUUUUUGAAAGGCGAUUAGUGAAUUGUUGGAUAACAUCCGGAGGGACACCUUCACUGCAGGAGGGGAAAGAAGGGGAACAUGUGUUCCGUGUUGUGUUCCAGAGGCGUGUGAAGAAGAACAAGGCAUAUCGCAGGGUAGUAUAGUUUGCGAAAAAGGAAGGAAGCUUCAGCACAAACAGGAAGGAAGGAAGAGGUGUGUGCAGUGGUGUGUUGGAACGGAUAAGCAGGAGGUGGAGGGUGUUUUUAGCAUGCAAGGAAAAUUUUGCCGAGCAAAGGAGCGAUGACAGCACGGGUUUAACUUGUGGAAAUGUUGAAACGUGAAUAAGGUUUUUAUUUUUCCUAUCACUCUCCUCGGUGCUUGCCGAAUAAUAUACAGCAGGAUAGGCAAAGAAGUGCCACACAUCCUUAAUACAUCACAGUGAAUUAUUUCUCUGACGUUCGUCGAACCGAGCUGGUACGAAGCCGAAAGUGUAUGAGAUCAAAAGUUUAACCUUCUUUUUGUACGCAUACAAACGACGAGAGCUGGCCCGUUUAUGCGAAGUCAACGUAGGAGUUUACGACCCAGGGCUAACUCACGGAGCUGAGAGGAGGGGUGCCACCCUCACACCAUUUUCCAACGCACACGUACACAGACAAACCAAACAACGCGAAGCCAUCCAGAAGAUAAACUAACGCAGAAGAUCAUCAUAGAAUGUAUGCGACCGCAGUUAGAGACCCAUAAAAGGUUCGACCGAUUUUGUGCAGUGCAGUCGCUGACAAAGGACACAAGAGGUGUGCUGUAGAGGGAGUAAGUCCCAGAAGCAGCAGCGGUAGGACGUUUUUCACGAGCAGUCGAAAAUGAAAUUGAAUGGUUUCGUAAAUGUUUUAUGCUGCAAACUGGUGCUAAUUAUAAAUUUAGCAAAUGGGAAAUUGAUGCACGAUAAGGACAAGCAUGAGCUUUACAACGUGGAAGGCGUGGAAGGACGCAGUAUCGAAUUACAAUGCCCAAUUACCGUCCCGCUGGCCGAGGUCAGCAUGGUGCUCUGGUUCAAAGACAAUGCCGGGAUUCCACUGUACAGCGUGGACGUACGUGACAGAAUUGCCCGACAACCGUCGCACUGGUCAGCGCCCGAAGUAUUUGGAUCACGUGCCAAGUUCAAUAUUGAUAAAUCACCAGCUUCGCUGCUGAUAAAGAACCUCAAGCGUCAUGACCAGGGCAUAUACCGUUGUAGGAUAGACUUUCGAACGUUACAAACACAAACACAUCGCUACAACCUAACAGUAAUAGUGCUUCCAGAGCAACCGGUGGUUUUGGACCGCUGGGGUCGGCUAAUGAACGGGACAAAGCUCGGACCGAAAGAGGAAGGCGAUGAUGUUGUAAUAACGUGCCGCGUAUCUGGAGGUCGACCCCAGCCCGAGGUGCGAUGGUUGAUAAACGGCGUAAUCGUGGACGACCAGUUCGAACACAAUUCCGGGGACAUCAUCGAGAACCGGCUGCUGUGGCCAACGAUCCAACGCAGCGAUCUGAAUUCCAUAUUCACCUGUCAGACGAUGAACACCCGGUUGGCCGAAGCAAAGGAAACGAGUUACGUGCUGGACAUGCACCUAAAACCACUCACAGUAAAAGUGGUCGACCCUCCGGAUGACCUUGUGGCUGACAAACGGUACGAGGUGUCCUGUCACAGCACCGGCUCCCGUCCAAACGCCAUCAUCACCUGGUACAAGGGCAAACGUCAAAUGCGGCGUACCAAGGAUGACAUUCUCAGUCAUAACACGACCAUUUCGACACUCAGUUUUUCUCCCAGCACGGAGGACGACGGUAAAACGCUAACCUGUCGGGCAGAGAAUCCCAACGUCAACGGGUUGUUUCUGGAAACUACCUGGAAAAUGAAUGUUGUGUAUCCGCCGAUAGUGACCGUUCAACUUGGGUCCACGCUUGCUCCUGAUGACAUUAAGGAAGGUGAUGACGUCUAUUUUGAGUGCCAUGUAAAAUCAAACCCUUCCUGGAGGAAACUGCUCUGGUUUCACGACGACACGCUGCUGCUGCACAACGCUUCCGCCCGGGUCAUCCAAACCAAUCAAAGUCUGGUGCUACAAAAGGUGGUGAAGCAAUCGGCCGGAUAUUACGCUUGCAGUGCAAUCAACGGCGAGGGGGAAACCGUCAGCAAUCAGCAGUUUCUUCGAGUGAAACAUGUCCCGGUGUGCGGCCGCGAGAAAACCGUCCUAAUUGGUGCAUCGAAAAACGAAAAUGUGGAAAUUUUAUGCGAGAUUUAUGCAGAUCCGCCAGCCAGAUCCUUCCACUGGCGCUUCAAUAAUUCAGCAGAAAUACUGAAAGUCGACUCGCACCGGUACUCAAACUACGGAAACUUUAGCGUGCUGCACUACACUCCCGUUACGGAACAGGAUUACGGAACACUUUCAUGUUGGGCUUCCAAUGAAAUCGGUACUCAAAUCGAACCAUGCUUGUUUCAAAUUACACGUGCAGAUCUUCCGGCUCCGGUGAGCAACUGCACACUUUACAACCGAACGCAACAGUUUGCCGAGAUCCAGUGUACGCCUGGCUAUGACGGAGGUCUACCGCAAAUGUUUAUGCUGGAAUUAGUAUCCAAAAGGACCGGAACAAGAAGAUUCAACUUCUCCAACAAGCACGAACCGUACUUCUUUUUGGACCAACUGGACAAGUUAGCUGGCCUAAUGGCCUUGGAAAACAACUCGCUGACGUGCGUAAUCUAUUCCGUCAACCAAAAAGGACACAGCCUUGGUGUAAUUUUACCCGACUUCGAAAUCGGCAACAAUCGUCCGCUCCGGAUGGCGAGCAAACACUCGACCGAAUGGCUUCCAAUAGCCCUCGGAGUCCUGCUUACCAUCACAAUAUUGGUCCUCUCGAUUACAACCAAAGCGUACCUCGGCCAGUGCUGGGCCAGCUGCUGUCGACGGAGAGAAAGCAAACGGAGUGAUAUGAAAAUGGCACAGCAAACAAAAAAUAUUGUGAUAACCAGCGAUUUCGAGUGCGGAACUAACUGUUUGAAGCUGAAAAACGUGCAAACGCACAACCACCACCAGCUGCCGGCCAGUUUGCGGAAGAAAAACACUUCAAAGGACUCAAAUGAUGACGAGCCGGAUCCGGACGUGAUUCCAGCGCAGUUCAAUAUGAUUUCGUCUUCCCCAUUGGCAUCGUCACCUAUGCCUAGUUCCAGAGACAAGGACGACGGUUACGCAUUUGUCGACUACUCGGCAAACUCGUACUACCUUAACCCGAUAGACCUGACCAACCUCAGUGGAAAUAUGGGGCUGGACAGCGGCAGGGUGACAACAGCAGCCCAACGUGAACCGACGACCAUGGAAGGCAGUAGAAAUGGAGUAAGUCUGCCCAUCAGCGUCACAGCCAACGGAUCCGAUCUAGAUAUCAACGUGAUUAAGGAUUGCCUCAUGACCACCAGGGUACCGGAGAGCUGUGUUUGACCGGUAACUUACCGGUCGGCUUGCAAGUGGCUCCUAGUGAGUGGGAAACAGUGCAAUUUUUUACUCGAUUUUCCUACUUUAUAUUUAGUGUAAAUCAUGUGCGUAGAUGCGUAACAUAUCUCUCUUUCGCUCGAUGUCGCUGAUUUUCGGCGAAUCUUUUCGUCCUCGUGUGGAAUCAUGUAAAGUUGUGAAAGGUGUUCUUUUGAGAGUAGAACGAAGUAUAUAUAACUAUUUUACUAAGAGAAUAAAAGAAAUGUUCAGAUUUUGUA